CCCUGCUCCCAUCGACCAUUGGGAAAUACCGAGGAAAGUUUAGUGACGGUGUUCGUGGUGGUACUUCCGAAAUCAAACUUUGAAUUUUGGGAGUUUUCAUCAACAUGAUUUGAAAAGUAUAUGAGGUCUUCGGUAAUAUUUAUAAAUAUUGUUUAAAGAAACUUUAACUGCUAGUUGCUACGAGGUACUGAGGAGAGUGGGUUGACGUAGAUUACCGUUCGUCGUGCCUAGGCCAAACUUGUAUUGCAUCAAUUCGCUGGCAGCUAACGUAAGCAAGAAACAUGUCUGGUGGAACUCUUCAGAAAGGUAUUGAGAUUGUUACAAAAGCAACAGAGGAAGACAAGAAUGGAAAUUAUGCUGAGGCACUUAGAUUAUAUGAGCAUGGUGUAGAAUACUUUUUGCAUGCUGUGAAAUAUGAAGCUCAAAGUGACAAGUCUAAAGAAAGCAUCAGGGCAAAAUGUGUUCAAUAUUUGGAAAGGGCAGAGAAGUUAAAAAAAUACAUAAAGAAUAAAUCAGGUGACAGCAAAAAACCAGUUGCAGAUGGAAGUUCAAAAUCUAGUAAUAAAAGUGACAGUGACGAAGAGGACACUGAAUCAAAAAAAUUCAAAAGCCAGCUUGGAAGUGCCAUAGUUGUUGAGAAACCAAAUGUGAAAUGGAGUGAUGUUGCUGGCUUAGAUGCAGCUAAAGAGGCAUUGAAAGAAGCAGUCAUCCUGCCAAUCAAGUUUCCUCAUCUUUUUAAAGGUAAACGAGAGCCGUGGCGUGGUAUUUUGCUUUUUGGGCCUCCUGGUACUGGUAAAUCUUUUUUAGCCAAGGCAGUUGCAACUGAAGCCAAUAAUUCGACCUUCUUCUCUGUUUCGUCGGCUGAUCUUGUUUCUAAAUGGCUUGGAGAGAGUGAGAAGCUGGUGAAAUCAUUGUUUGAAAUGGCCCGAGAGCAGAAGCCAGCCAUCAUAUUCAUAGAUGAAGUGGACUCGCUAUGUGGCUCUCGUAGUGAGAAUGAAAGUGAAUCUGCCCGGAGGAUCAAGACAGAAUUUCUAGUUCAGAUGCAAGGCGUUGGUGUUGACAAUGACGGAAUACUGGUUCUAGGGGCAACUAACAUUCCAUGGGUGCUUGACUCUGCUAUUAGAAGAAGAUUUGAGAAAAGAAUUUACAUUCCACUACCUGACCCAAUCGCAAGAGCCAAGAUGUUUGAACUUAACAUUGGUGAUACACCUAACGCUCUGAAGAUGGGUGAUUUCAAGACUCUUGCGAAGAAAACUGAAGGGUAUUCUGGUGCUGAUGUUGGCAUCAUUGUUAGGGAGGCUCUUAUGCAGCCUGUCAGAAAAGUGCAAACAGCAACCCAUUUCAAAAAGGUUCGUGGUCCAUCCAGAAGUGACCCUGAUGUAAUGGUUGAUGAUCUACUUACUCCAUGCUCCCCAGGUGAUCCAGGUGCAUUUGAAAUGAGCUGGGUUGAUGUCCCUGGUGACAAGCUGUUUGAACCAAUAGUCACUAUGAACGACAUGAUGCGCUCACUGGCAACAAUCAAGCCCACUAUUAACGAAGAAGACUUGUUUAAACUAAAGAAGUUCACUGAUGACUUUGGACAAGAAGGGUAAUCUAAAGAUACCCUGAAAGUAAAUAUCAUUUAAUGUUCUCAGACUUAUUCAAAAUGUAUUUUGCCACCUUAAUCUUUUGGGUAAAAAAUAAUCUUCAGAAAGGUUAAGCCCCUACUAUUAAUAUAGGUGCAUUGGUUAAGGUGCAAUGCACACUGAAAUGUCUCUGAUUGUUUUGAAAUUUGAUGGUCGAUAUUUAAAGCGAAUGUUGUUGAGUAAAUAAGGGAUGAACAUGGCUACUCAGCACCUUGUUUAGUUUUAUAUGAUGCCCGCUGUAAUUGGGAUCAGCUUAUCCGAUCGAUGAUAAAUUUGAUCCCGUUGUUUAGUUUAAAACAUGCAACGUUUACGCAAUUUUGUUGCAAAUAUAUUCAUCGACCCAUUUCUAGCCUAUCAAUGUAUUUCAUGUUUCUCUGUCCAUGUUUGUUUCCAAGAAAGGUGAUUUACACAACUUUAUCGAACAUUGUCUAGUAGGGGGGAAAUUGAUAUAGUAAAGUCACUUUGAGCUCCAUUCGGUAAGUCUUAUCCCAUUGGCAUCCAGAAUUCUAAUUGCGCACUUUUGUAUGUUAAUCUCCCCUUCUGUUUCUAAAUGAAUUUGAUUCAUCUACUCAAUGUAGGUGCAAGUAAACAAGCAAACAUCUUAUUUGUUUUAAUGUGUACCUAAUUUGAACCCUGUACAUUUUUUUCCUUCGUCAUUAUUACCUUAUUCGAAAAUAUCAGUUAAAUCACCUCGGAACGCGUAAAAUUUUUUACUCAGCAUAUUUUCUUCUUUUUGAGUGGAUUUAUCCUUAACAUGGACUUGUUGGCUGCAGCGGUGUUUAUAUACGACACAUUUAUCUUUUAGAUUUUCUUUACAUUUUAAACCUCUGCCAAUUGAGGAUAUCAGUUUAGUUUGUUUGUUA